GACUAUAUUUGCAAGAUAGGCAAGACCACUUUGCUGGAUGACUCAAUUUCCAGAUGGUUUAGUUUAGUUUAAAAUUUUGGGACAGGAGCAUUUCGAGGUCUUUUAAGACAUGGUUUUACUGGCACAAUGGACCAGCCGCUAGGGACAAAUCAAACUGUUACUGUUGAACCAGAGGAAUCUUGCCGAGCUAUACAAGAUCAACCAGCAGACCUUAGCCAAACCAUUCAACUUCACCCAAUCGACCCCAGUCACACUAUCCAAGUUCAACCACCACCAAUUUACCAACCAACCCAGAUUCAACCACCACAAAUUUACCAACCAACUCAAAUUCAACCAGUCAACAUAGACAAAGCUAUUCAAAUUCAGCCAACAGAUAUCGACCUUGCUAUUCAAGUUCAGCCACCAUCAAUUUCCCAACCAACUCAAAUUCAACCAGUCAACAUAAACGAAUCUAUAGACAUUCAACCAACAGAUAUUGAUCUUGCAAUUCAAGUUCAGCAAGCAGACACAAACCAAGCUACUCAAGCACUUGAUGCGUCAGAAGCCACAGAACUUUACCAGGGAGUCAGCUAGGAAAGUUUAGAAAAUAUACUUAACGCAUGGUCAUAAUUUUGAAAUAAACAGGAAAUAUUAAUUCACCUUUCUGAAAAUUUGUCUAUGUUUUUUUUGGAUUGUCAUCAGAUCGAAAUUAAUACUGUCAACGAUCAAUGCGAUAUAGUAAAUGAUUCAUUUGCAGAGAAAUAUCCGGAGGCCUUGAUUCAUUACGUAACGAUGUGGCCAAUCUAUCUAGAAAAAAAUCACGUUUUGAGAAGUUCCAUGAUAGAAUUACUGAAACCCUCCAACAAGAACUGGCUAAAAUUAAGAACCCCAAAGCCAAUCAGGGAACGGCCCUUCAUCAAUACCAAAUCGAGGCUGUCUUAAAGACAGCCAAACAUUUCCGCAAACAAACUAAGUCCGAGGGUUAUAUACGUACUGCUGCUCUCAUCGUUGCACCACCAGGCUCAGGCAAGUCAGGUAUGGUGGCUCUGCUUCCGUAUGUUCUCAAAUCACAUAAGGUCUUGAUACUCACACCUUCGAAGAUAAUAUCCACCCAGCUGGCUGCCGACUUUGGCCUAAAAGUUAAUGAAAAAUUCGCCCCGUUUCUUCGAAAAUCCGGCAUGUUCCUCGAGGACCAAGGUCUCACAGAGUUCCUUGAACCUGUAGAAGUCUGUGACCUUCAAUCUGUGACCUUCAAUCAGGAUAAGGGUUUCCAUAGCCUUGGAAAUUGCAAGCUUGUAAUUUCUAAUGCUCAGGUAUUCGCAGGAAAAUCAAGAAAUAGCUUAACCUCGUUAAAGUCGAAAGACAAAACUAAGCAGCUUUUGGAAGAGUUUGACACAGUUAUCGUGGACGAGGCCCACCAUUGCACUGCCGCUACCUGGAAAAAUGUCAUCGAUUGUUUUGACGGGAAGAAAAUAGUUUUUCUUACAGCAACCCCGUUCCAGGAUAAUGAACCGUUGGUAGAAAUUUUGCAAGGAACAUUAGACAAAGUGUUUGAAAUUAAACGCGAAGAGCUCGAGGGUUUUACCAUACGGAAGUGCAGCUUUGAAAUGAAGCAGAUGCUUCACAAACCAUUCAGCGGUCUCGAAUUCUUCGAAGCUCUUCGCGCAGAUAUCGAGGAGGCCCUGGCCAGGCACGUAGGGCAGGAAAGGAGGCUUGUUAAAGAAGACGCACCACAGGCCAUGAUUCUCGUCACUACCCAGGAAGAGGCUAUAGAUACAGCUGAGGGUUUGGGGCCUGAUGCAACCUACGUGAUAUCUACACGAGAAGGCGACGAAAACUUAAAACUAUUUGAUGAACAUAAAAAGAAAAUUGUUGUCGUUUGCGGAAUGCUUCGAGAAGGAUAUGACAAUGCUCGUGUCACGCUCGUGGUCUUUCUCCGCAAUUGCAAGUCGCGCGUUUUGUUCGAACAGUUCUGUGGACGUUGUAUUCGAAUGAAUCGUACUUUGGCAAAUGCAUUAAGGUCAGAAAAAGGUACUGAUAAAGCUAUUGGUACUGUGCUCACUUAUAAUUGCUAUCCACACCUUAAAGUGCUCUGGGAAGAGAGAGAGAGGGCAGUAGCCGACGAGAGUGCAAAUGAAGAAAAUGGAGACGAUGAGUAGACGGUUAGUUCAUUGAAUUUUGGUAAUUAGCCUAUGGUUUUAUGGUACGUUUUUUUUAAAAUUAGAACUAUUUUUUCGUGAUUAAAACUCAACACAUGAAAAAUUCAAAUUACUACUGCUCGGUCGAUUUUUGAAGGAUUUCAAAAAUUUAAACGGUUCUGGAAACUUUGAAGUUCACAGUUUCCAGAAGAACCUUUGGAACCUAUUAUGUUGCUAAUUGCCCCAUAGGAUUUUUCAAAUUAGUGGUUUUUAAUAGCACACAUCCUAAAGAAUAAAUGCACAAGUUGUCUUAUAAUUAUUGCAAACAGUUAUAUAGAUAAGUCCAUUUUUACGAAAAUCCAGGGUGUAUGAUGAAUUCUUUUACAUACUGUACGUGAAUGUUGUGGGCAAGAUGUUUGUGGUGGUGAUGAUGAUGAUGAGAGAGAGAUGGAAAUGAGAUGAUGAAGUUGACGUGGGGUGACCUCACGUAGAAUAGAAAGAGCUUUAGAUAGAUAUGUAACUCGAUCGAACUUUCAUACACCAAAGUAACGUAACCCUAGGUUACGGAUUAGCUUCUAUUUCAAGCGUUGAACCCUUGUAUGUAUCAAAUCACAUAGACAGAGUAAUAAAUUGUAUAAAAUUCACAUGUACAGAGGGAAUAAAGUAUGUACCCAUUGAUAUUUAAGUACACAUUUACAUAUAUAUAAAUGUGUUUUAAACUCGUUCUAAAACCUGAUGCUUUUUUAACAUUCACUAGUAUUUUUUAUUGGAUACGGCAAGGAAAUUGGAGGAAAUAUAGCUAUCGCGUCACGGUGCACGAUUUUUGUUACACUAACAUGAAUAUUUCUAGAAGAACAGUUUGAAGUACUAAAAUCGUGAACUUUGCAAAAUUAAAAAUUUGAAACAUAAAACAGCAUAUAAAUGGCGUAUGCAUGCUCAUGUUCAAAUCAAAAAGAUUUUCUGUUAUAAAAUAUGUUAUGUAAUAGCACCUUGUAUGUAGAUGACGCCGUAGUUGCGUAAUAUGAAACAAUUUUUUGUUGCGAGACAACUUGGGCCUAAUAUAUAUUGAGCCAAUUGGUUUUUUCAAUUAAAAUGAUUACGCGAAUUGCUAUCUUCUCCAGAUAAGGAAACAAUUUUAAGUAAUGUGUGCAUGACCUCAGGUAGAUAAAUAUUACAGACUAGGCAAUAGCCCGUGUAAAACACGGGAUCCGUUUUAUUUCUUCGGAUUGGUUACUGUUCUGCGAUCGGAUCAAGAUCAGAGCGCGAUAGGAUGUAUGGAUGUGUGAUAGGUUUUUGCCCUUGUCGAUCACGGGACACGAACGAAUACUCAUUCGUCAGAUCGCGUUCUGAUCGCAAAUCCGAGGACUCCUUAUUCUUAAAAAAAUCUUACGUUGCCCCAUGAAAUCUCGCCCCCCCCCUCCCCCAAUCUCACGUUGCCCCAUAUAAUAUCAAGUUGCAAAAUUCAACUAUUGAUUUAUCCGAACGCGUUCCGAUCGUGAUCUGAUCGCAAAACAACGUGCCAGGAGACCUAAAACUUAGAUAAAUUAACGGUGGAUACAAAACUGUACCGAUGUUCUCUAUUCUAUAUGUAUCCGCAAACUAACAUUAAAUCCACUGGAAUAUCUGUGCUGAAAAUGCUUCCUCUAUCUUUGAAUGCUAUCGUUGUCUAAUACAUUGAAGGGAUGCGUUACCGAGGGACAAACAAACAGACAGAGAAUGGGCUAGUCUUAUAUAGAAUUCAGCCGGCCAUGAUUUAUUGCAAAGCUGUACAUUUAAUUAGUAAAAUUACUCAUCUACGUGUUAAUCUGCGUUCAUGCUAGAGUGGAGUCGUUAUCCAAAUUCUUAAUAACAUGUACAACAGAAACCCGGCCGGCUGAUUCGGUUCGGAGAAGCUAAGUCAGCCAAGGUUCCGGUUAGGUUAGAUUUUUAGUUAUUUAUUUCAUUACUUUGGGGAUAAUUUGGAUGUCUAUUUUUAUUUUUUUAGGCUUCGGAUUCGGUACGGACAGAUAUUAUAUGACAUGCUUUUAGUGUGGGACAAUUACUUUACAUAUUUAAACCGUAGAAUAGUAAGGCAUUGUAUUGAAUACAGUAUGCAUACAUAUAUAAAACUGUCAUGCUGUUUCAAAGGUAAAUAUUAAAUUCUUUAUUCAAAAUUUGCAUCGAUAAGGCAAUCUCACGUUUCCCGCACGUAAAAGUCGCAAUGCAUGUAUUUUAAUGUUAUGGAAUUAUAUUAAAAGUAAGUAACAUAUGAAACCGAACCAAA